AUUCGAGAAUUUAAACGGACGGAUAACAAGUUCACGGAAUGCGUUUUAGACCAUCCAGCUCCUACAAUGCCGAUCGCAAAAUCUGGAGCGGAGGCAAAAAGGACUUGUACUUCGACCCACAACUGUCCAUCGGCCAGAUAAUUUUCCACGAGAUGCGGCGGCAUCCGCAGCUUAUUGCUCAGAUUUCAGCCACGGAAAACACUAUACUCACUAGACAGGAACUGCAUGCCAACUCGAUGCGAGUGGCCAGCUAUAUGCGAUCCCUGGGACUUCUUCAAUCCGAUGUGGUUGGCAUUAUAGCCAGGAAUACCACCCACAUGUUUGCCGUUGUCUACGCCUGCUUUUUUAACGGAAUUGCCUUCCAUUCGCUUAACAUUCAGUACGAAAAGAGCACUAUUGAAAAGCUCUUCGACAUCACAAAGCCAAAGAUUAUUUUCUGCGAUGGCGACGAGUUUGAAAAGGUUCGCUCCGCCACUUCCCAUAUGGACGUGAAGUUGAUCACCAUGCGCAAUCAUCCGUCGGAUUCCAUUCGGAUUGAUGAAGUGUUAGCCACUCCCAUUGAGGAGAACUUCCAGCCAGCUCGACUGGAGCAAGGAAAUGACCAAACUCUGGCCAUUUUAUGCUCCUCGGGAACAACGGGAACUCCCAAGGCGGUAACCAUUACCAAUAGUCGACAGAUCUUCAAUUGCGCUGAUCUUUUGACGUCCAACGAUGUUCAGUACACUCACAGUACUCUCGACUGGAUCUCCGGAUUGCUUACCACCGUAACGUCCGGGGUUUGCAGCACAAAACGGAUUAUUGCAGAUAAUGUUUUCGAUCCGGCUUUUCUUAUGCGCCUCAUAGAAGAGCACCAGAUCACGUGGAUAUUGCAGCCACCUUCCCAAAUGGCCAUGAUGACCAACUCCCCGGCAUUCGGAACAUGCGACCUGUCGAGUAUUCGUUUCUAUUUUUACGGAGGAUCCCGGGCUUCCGUGGAGACCCAACACAAGAUGAGAAGUCGCCUGAGCAAGGAUUGUCUGCACUUCGCCUACGGAUUCACUGAGAUCGGCAGCAUGGCCUCCAUUAACUACCACUUCGACGAGAAGCCCAACUCGGUGGGUCGUCUUGUGAGCGGAAUGAAGCUAAAGGUGAUCAGUGAGAAGGGAGAGUCCCUGGGUCCCGACGAGGUGGGUGAGCUGUGCAUUCGCAACGACCAGUUCUGGUCGGGAUACUACAACAAUCCGGAGGAGAGCCACCAGAUAAGGGAUCAGCAGAUGUGGUUCCAUACCGGGGACCUCGGCUACGUGGACGACGACGGGUUCAUCUACAUUGUGGAGCGGCAGAAGGACAUGCUGAAGUACCAGAACAUCAUGUACUAUCCCAACGACAUCGAGGCCGUCAUCUCGAUGAUGCCCGACGUGGCCGAGGUCUGUGUCUUCGGUGUUUGGGAUCAGUUAGUCGGGGACAAGGCUGCUGCUGCGGUGGUCAAGAAACACGGGAGCACUCUCACCGCCCAGGACGUCGUGGACUAUGUGGCCUCUCACAUCGAUGCCAAGUACAUGCAGUUGAAUGGGGGAGUCAUUAUAGUGGAUGAUCUAAAGCGCAGUCCCAAUGGCAAGACCAACCGCAUGGCGACUAAAGCCUAUUUCUUAGAGGUUAAAAGUACUAAUUGAAGCAGAAAUCGCAAACUGUCAUUUUUGUAUCAAAGAGCUAGAGCAGCCAAAACAUGUGCUAUUAAUAUUUUAGUGGAAAUCAUUUAAUAUUCAUUUAAAACAGCGAAGUAUAUAAAUACAUAUGUAGAUCAAAUUUAUUAAACA